GUUUGAAACCCAGUUUUAUUCACUCUUUGACUUCUUGGACAGUGAAGCCUAAAUCUCUUCAACUCUUAACAAUUACCUUAUCUCGAGGAUCUAAACCGGCAUUUAUUCAUUGUCAAGCUUCUUCCUUACUAAUUCCAUCUUCUUCUCAAAUUUGUUGGUAA